AUGUCUUCAGCCGAGUUUGACCGGCUUACGCUGGCUGAAGACUCGACAGACUCCAAUAGAGUGACGCCCUUGUCCAUCCUGGACGACGAUGAAUCUCACCAAAUAAUAUGUGAAGAGUGGUGGGAAGAAGCUUUGCGAUGUUGCAAAGACAUGCUCAAUGAUGAAGAUUAUAAGACCUUGGAAGAAUUCGGUUCAGAAGAAAAGUUUGUCGAGGCUCUUCUGGGGCUUAGGGAGGAUUUUGGGACCACAAUCCCCCAAGGCAUCUCCAGACUUCUAGGCGAGACGGAAUUUUUCCGUCAGCAGUUCCGAGACAUACUGGCCAACUUCAUGUUUAUUAUGCUUCCAAGAUCUGUGACAACUGGUAUGGCCUGGGGACUCACCUACUUAGUGGUACAAGUCAUGGCGAAAUAUGUCAAACGAGAUGAUGAUACGGCAUCGAAAUAUGCCAAGAUGAUCCUUGACAUCCGUCGACAGCUUGCCUUGGUGAAGCGUGGCACCCCUCGCGACAAGGAUAUGGAUCCAGCCGAGAAACAAGAACUCCGGCACGUUUAUAUAACCAUUCUUCAAGCCUUGAUUCAAUUUUGGAGAGACAGCAUCAAGUAUCUCCGAGGCAUUCCGAAGACCUCGGAUGUUCAGCUCGAGCAGGAAUGGAAGGACAUUGAGAAAUCCUUUGCCAAAGCCUUUGCAGCCAUCGGAGAGACCGAGAAGUUCUUGGAAAGGUACUACAAGCAGACCAAUUUCCGCCAACAACCAAAGCAACCGGACGGCGUCAAAUUGAAGAUCUUCCCUGUCCACACAAUCCCGCCCCCCAUGACGUCUCUGUUCGUCGGCCGGGAAGACAUUCUGACAAUCAUGGGUCAAUGGCUGCAAUCUGAUCGCCAUGAUCGCAACGGGUUGGCCAUCUACACACUGUGUGGAAUUGGUGGUGUUGGGAAGACUGAGCUCGCACAAGAGUAUGCUAAUUCUGCCAAGACUAAACUCGAUGCUGUCUUUUGGGUCAUGUCCGAGAAGAAAGAUUUACUCGCGGCAGAGUUUUCAAACAUUGCAGUGCAGCUGCACCUCGAGGGAGCAAAAUUCGACGGAGACGCUGCGAACAACCGCAGACUGGUGCAAGACUGGUUUCGUACGGCAGACGAAUCUUGGUUGCUAAUCCUGGACAAUGUCGAGGAUUUUGAUCAUAUCAAAGACUAUCUACCACCUCCUGAGAGCAAAGGAUCUGUGAUAGUGACAACGAGGUACCCUGGUUUGGCAAGGCGUUUGUCACUCCAUGGAGGCCGCAGCAGCACUGUCGAGAAGCUCGGCAAAGACCAAGCCAGGAACCUAUUUCUUGAACUUCUGUUUAGGGAAGAGGAGAACAGUACCACAGCCAAGGAAACCCAAUUUCAGGCUCCGGAACUCCCGCCUCAAGAAGUGAAGGCCCUUGAUUUUCUGCUCAAAGAGCUCGACGGUCUGGCUUUGGGGAUUCAGCAGAUGGUUGCAUCGAUCAAACAUGGCCUCCCGUCUUGUACUCAUAACCUAGCCAAAUUUGUGAAACGAUACCAGAAACACCUGCCUCACCUUCUCGAGAAAGAUCCGGCUAUGAGGCCACACAGGCUCAACACGCUCUGGGCAAUGACCUUCGACAACAUGCGGACGCAUUCAAGCAAUCCAUACGCAUGGAACAUACUUGGUACUCUGUGUUGUUUUCAGCCUGAUGAAAUUCCAAUGAAGGUAUUCCUCGACUUGAAUCCCUCACUCGCUGCGGGAAAUUUGGAGUUCUGCAGCGAUGAGUUUUACGUCGUCGAUGGUAUCAGCUUCUUGCGUAACCUCGGCCUGGUUGAUGUGCAGGGCGAGUCGGACGAUCGGAUUAGCCUUCACCGACUCACCCAAGUCGCUUUCAUACUCCAGAAAGACCUCGAGGGAUCAGAACGGCAAACAAUAUUCGAGUCUGCCUCCGUGUUAAUCAACGACGCUUUCCCGAAGCAGAUCGAGGGACGCAUGAUGUAUGGAGACUGGGAAAAAUGCCGGGAGUACAUCAAACAUGCCAUGUCGCUCUAUGAUUUGUACGGGCGGCUCAAAGGGGCGUCGUUGCCCCUUAGUUGCACGCAAGCGUUCGCUGAGCUCAUGACCAACUGCGCCUGGUACGUAAGUGAUCUUGGCGACUGGGACGAUACCCUUCAGCUUACUCAUGGUGCCGCCGAAGCUUGCAAAGAAGUCGACGAAGGGGGCUUGACUCGUGCUCAUCUUCUCAACACGGAGUCCCAGAUCCACUUUUCCAUGAACAAGCUCGAUAAAUGCCGCGAGGCUCUGGAGGAAAGCCAGCGAAUUCGAGAGAAGCGUCUUGGCCUCGUGCACGAAGAAUUGGCCAACACGUACAUGAAUUUGGGGAACCUAGAGGCCGCCGAAGGCAACUAUGACAAAAGCCUCGACUUCUACGAACGUUCAAUCCACAUACGGGAGCAGAUUCCCAACCCAGGGGCUCAGUUGAUGGUCGGUCUCUGCCACCUGAACCUUGCUCGAGCUUUGCUGUGGAAGGGAGAUUUCGAGAGCUCGGGGGCUGAGCUCGAUAAGAGCCAAAGCAUCAUGGAAGAGCAUGGUGGUGAAAAUUACCACGACAUUGUGUUUGUUCACUUCAUGCGUGGCAACCUCUACUUUGAACAGGGCGACUUGGAAAAAGCCAGAGAAUUGUAUCAGGCCUCACUAGACAUGCUUGUAGCCCAAAUGUCGACACAUCCAAAGGUGGCUGCGAUCCACUUCAAAAUUGGAACAACUCACUACCGGUUAGGCAGGUGGCAAGAAGCAAUGGUGGCACUAUCCAAAGCACUCCAUGUUGCACGAAACCGAGAGGAAAACACGCUUGGAGAACAGGCACGCAUAAUACGCAGACAAGCGCAGGUGCUUGAGUCUAUUCCAUCGCCUGGGCCGAGCGUGGAACUCUUGCGACUUGUCAAUGGAGACUCUCGCGAUUCCGAAACGCUGCGAGCAAUUGCGGAACGCCUGCGUUUCAGGGUCACCGGCAUUGACUCCUUCCAGGCUCGCUAUACCGACGACGAGGAGGAGAUUGCUUUCAACAUGCUGGUCGGCUUCUUUGACCGCUGA